AUGUCCUACGAUGGAAGACGAUACGACGACGAGGGCUCAGAAUCGAGCUAUGGCAGGCACUAUGCCUCGCCCUCCACCGCGGCGCCGACCCAACUCAUGAGUCCCACGCAAGCUCCCUCUGUUACGCGUUAUUCUGCGUCUCUCAGCGGCGACUCAAAUUCAAUUAUUCGCUCUGUAGACGAUAACGACUCGGUUGCCAGCAUGGACGUAGAUCGUACGCCGACCAAGAACAGUACCAACACUAUGGUAACUCGUAUAGACAUAGAGAUGAAGAUGUGUGGAGAGGAGCACGACGUAGAGAGCAUGCUCCUCUCUGACCGAGAUCAUGACCAGUACGACGACGAGGGAAUGGGUUCCGAGCAGCGAUACUCGGAACAAUAUGGGAGCGAAGACAUGGAGUCGGAAGAUGGCUAUGGGAUCGUCAACCAGCCUGAAUGGUCCCACGUCUUGACCGUCGACGAAAUUUUGAACAGACGGCAGCGCCUCUCCACCGUCAUUGAAGGCUCCAGUAUUGGUAGCCGUUCCCGAGCUGCCUCUUCGGGCCAACUCUCACCCGGAGUACGCUCGGAAGAUGUUCCUCCUGUCCCUCCAAUCCCCUCCAUCUAUCACCAACGCGCCGCAACAAUGACAGACGACCACUCGCCCGCCCCCAGUGUGCGCUCGUUCCAUUCUCGAGCCAGCACAGAUCCUGGUAUUCCUGUUGCUUCAGCAUCUUCUGCAAAAUCGACUGCCUCGUCGGUGCGCCAGCGCAUCGCAGCGUUCGAAGAGCGAUCAGCGAGCCCAGCACUAGCUCACGGCGUACGACCGGGCUCUCCUGGUGGAACUCAUGGCCUCGGGUUAGGCCUCGGUCUUCGCACAUCCGCUCCCAAUACGCUCUUUUCCCAAAAUGUUGGGAGUAUGCUCUCCACCCCCUUUUCACCUGCUCAAUCUAUGCCAUCUACGUCUCCUCAGAAUGCUCAAGCUCCACCUACAUUUCCACGACCAAGCAGCUAUCAUUCUUCUCAAGGUUCCGUUUCAGGUCCCAGGGAUCGAUCGGCUAGUCCGGUCAAGGCGCCAUCCAUCAAGUCUUAUGCAUCUUCAGAGGCUCCAUCGUUCAAUUUGCCAUCCUAUGCAUCCUCACCCAACAUUUUACCACAACAGACUGCAUCAUCGGACAAUGUCGGCAUUCGUGCAACAUCGGCUCUUAUUCAAUCCGUCUCAGAGGACUUGCUGCGCACACAUCAACAGCACGAGGCAGAGGCGUCGACUUAUCAACCACAAACAGGCUAUGUUCAGCGGAUUCUCCAGUCGUAUGGUCCCACUGAGCAAGGAAGUGGGCUCUUUGAUGUGAGAAGGCGUCAGAGCCACCGUCGAGCUAGUGCUGGGCACGAGAAGACUUCUUCUAAUGGCCACGAGACGGAUUUACGCGGCUCUGGUUCUGGUUCUGGAGAUGGAAACAGGUCUGCGCCAUCUCAAGGUAGCCGUGGUCCACGCAGUGAAGCCAGUGGAGAUGGAUCUUUCCAAGUGGACAAAAGUGAACAAGGACCGAUGAGUCCAACUAUCGAAGAGCCCCUUCGCGUUGGCACGCUCUGGUACCUCCACGUUCAUACAGGUGAUGAACACUUCCGAUGGAUCAAGUGCAAGGCUGUUCUCUUCAAAUCGCAACUUCAACUCACAUGGGUAGAGGCCGGAGGCGGCAAGGCGAUUAUUGGACUCGACUUGCUCAACUGUCACGAAGUUCGUUCGGUACCAUCUCCGUCGCAUGCGUCGGCAUGGGACGACAUUGGCAACGUCGCCGCCCGUGCGCAGGCUCUGGAAGAAGGCCCCGAUUCCCGUAUCGACGAGAUUUGCCCCUUCCAGAUGCUAUACGAAGAUGGAGUUGAGCGUCUAGGUGCUGGUAGUCCGAGAGAGCGCGUACGAUGGGUUGCUGCUAUAUGGGAUGCCUUGAAUCGUGCUUCGAUUGUACCCAGCCGAUCGAGCUCUCCUGCGCCUUCUCUCGCCACGAUACCCUCUCAGAGAAGCUCACAGAGGAGCAGUGGAAGCAGCAGCCGCCAUGGUUCUGCCUCGACUGUCUUCAUCCCGGCUGAUGAGGAUAUACCGGACAUUGGAAGCACAAUCUCGUCUCUGACCAGAAGCUCGUUCCGCUCAGGACCGCGUAGUUCGCAGAGCGGCUCGAGUCUCUCUGGCGGUCGACCUCGCUCGAUUGAUGACAAUUCGAUUCGAUCAUAUGGUCGAGACUUGCUUUCACCUUCAGAUGCACGUAUCGAGAUUGCUCCCAGCCGAAGUUCGUCGCUCCGCCGUACAACCUCGAUGACGGAUCUCGACGAGUCUGCCAGCGCUGCCACCCCCUCGGAAAUCUCGGAUCGCCCUGAGUCUCAGAGUGUCUUUUCGCCAUAUCGAGCACCGUCUACCGUCGAAAGCCAUGGAGUCCCUCACACCAUCGCAUCGACCUCCUCGGGCUCGACGAGGUCAGUCUCUCCAAGUCGACCACUGCCCGGUGUUCCUCCUCUGUCUUCGAUUCCUAGCAUGCCUUCGUUGCGAUCGGAGAGUACGACGAGCUCGGGAAGUCGAUUCAAGACGGCAGGGAGUAUCACGGCCUCUGCCAUCAGCAAGUUUGAGACGGCCUCAUCUGCCAGUGGCACGGGACGAUUCGACAGCGCGGCCAGUACUAUGCAGGCACCUACUCGAUCCACGGGCACGGCUGUUCCAGUUGGCGGACGUCCUCGCUCUGCGACCAGUCCAGCUCCGGCUAUUCCUCGCCCUUCGUCCGCUCACGGCUCUGUGACCUCGAGUACAUCGUUCCUCACGGCACCUUCGAAGACGGGCUCUAAGACACCCGUGCCUAGCGAUAAUGGCAAGUACCUCAGUCCAGCCGACUCUGGACCUGUCCGCCGUGCUCGGAAAGGCAAGGCUAGCUCGGUGUACUCGUUGUCGAGUAUCAAUGAGCAAGAGAGACAUCGUCUUGCUGCCGAGGACUCGUCCACGGUCGACGAGUAUGGUUCAAUCUUGGAGUCGCCUGCUCCGAGCGUGUCGAGCAUCGGAACGCCAAAGUCGCCGCCAGCUGCUGGGUUGCCUCGUUUGCAGCUCCGUGGCCCCGACUCUGCCAGCCUGCUUGGUGAUAGUCACAUUGGUGGAACCUGGACCUCUGGAUCGAGUUCUUCGGGGUCUGGUACAGGAAGUGCUAGGUCAUAUGCGACGCCCCGCACGCCCUCAAGGCUCACCAAAAUUGUGGAGAUGCCGACAGGCUCUAGUGCGACUUCGCUCGUUCGUGCUCUCCCAGGCGUACGUCCGCGAUCUGCUCGAUUCCUCACACCGAAACCGUCGAGCACUUCACCGUCGUACGUAACGGCAGACGAAAAGGAGAAUCAACCCGAAGAGUCUUCGUCCGAGUCGUGGGUCACUGCUUCUGAAAAGGCAUCACCGAGCAAGCGCACAUCCUCGACGUCGGUACCCCUUACCGUCACGCAAGAUGCGACGCUCGAUGGAGAUGACAGAAGUGAGACUGUGCCCAGUGAAGUGAUGUCGCUUCAGACGAAUGGUAGUGAUGGCGACGAUCCGUUUGGUCGUGGCGCGAGGCUCUCCAGAGCCGAUUCGUAUUUCACCAGCACGAGCGCCGGUCUGAAUCGUACGCGUUCUAUUGGCGGUGACUCGACAUACAGCACCAUUGCGUAUGAUAUCUGCAUCGGUUCGGAUGUGUCUGACAUUACGCCCUUGACGGUGACGAGCGCAGAAACGAUUAGGAGCAGCGAGAAGAGUCCAACGCCCCAACCUUCACCGUUGACUGCUUCGCCAUAUGUCAGUGCUCCGGAGCCGCAGACGCCCGUCAGCAGCAUUGGUUCUAUCCCCACGAUGCUCUCCGAUUCGAUUUACGCCACGGCUGAUCGACCAGACACGUCUAGCGAGUACUCGACCGCCAAUCGCUGGUCGAGCUCGGAGUACAGCACGGUUCCACUCGCUUCGUCUCGUCACUCACCGCUACCCACCGUUUCGCCGACGCCAUCUGCAUCCAUCCCGCCGCUUCCGAGCAGCGUACAUCAGUCGCCGACGCCCAUCUCUUCGCGACCCAUUUCUGUACCUCCUCAAGCAACGCCUAGUCGUCAUUCGCCAACCCCAGUUUCAUCGCGCCCAAUGUCAGUCGUGCACCAGAUCACUCCGAGCCAUCAUACUCCCACUCCAAUGUCGUCGCGCCCGGUCUCUGUCGCUGCGAUGCAGAGCCCAAGCCAGCAUACGCCUUCACCUGUAUCGUCGCGUCCAAUCUCAGUGGCCGCAAUGCAAAGUCCGAGUCAGCAUACGCCCUCACCAGCGUCGUCGCGCCCGAUAUCCGUCGCCGUCAUGCAGGAUCCAAGUCAUCAUUCUCAGUCGCCAACAUCAUCACGACCAAUCUCCAUCGUCCAGCAGCCUUCGCCAAGCGUCCAGCCGUCCCCGAAUGUCUUCUCCAAGUCACCAUCACUGUCAGUUCACGGAACUCCAACGCCAUCGGUCAUCCCCAGCAUACCAGAUGGCGAGAGCGAAAUUUCAUCAGAAGAGUUGUCGUCAGAAAGCAGCGUGACGCCUACUCAAUCACGUACUAUGUCCCUUGCGAGUCGUUCGAUGCUCUCCACACCAGUAUCUACCCCACGACGAGCCUCUUCUCCUCGCUCGGUAACCAGCAAGACAUCGUCGGUCCCAAAGUCGACUACGGUUUCCUCAGUAUCAACACUCAGCUCGACCACUGUUUCGAGUGUGACUGCCUCGCCAUUGCCCACCCCAAUGUCAACUUCGUCACGAUCACUCAGUAGCGUGACGAGCUCGGCACGGACUCCUGCGUCUUUCUUGAUGCCACCAGCUCCAGCUCCUAGCUCGACCCGAAGCACCAAGUCCCGGCCCGUCUCUGAGCUUUCAUGGGCGCCGAGCUCUGCAGACUCGAUGGACUCGAGUCAAUUCGCGUAUACGCCCUCGGCCAUGUCGAGCGCCUUACCACACGAGGACGACGGUAGCUCGAUUUUGCGACCGUCCGUCAAUUCGCUUAGCGAUUUGGGUCAGUAUGAGAUUGUGUUAGUGGACUCCAGCGAGGGUACAUCUACUACGACACCGACGAGCAAGACGAGGAGUAUCACCAUACAGUCGACGCCAUCGAAAAUGAGCACUAUGCUCACUCCCUCUUCUCUUGCGCGCUCGAGCUCCAUUGCGUCUGUCUCUUCGCUGCGGUCGAGUAUCUUCCUCCCUUCGCGAUCGUCAUCGAUUCGAAGUGUAGCGCCAACGCCAUCGGAGGUGAGCGAUGCUGCGACUCCCCGAAGCCCGACAGUCAGUGUUACGAUGACCCCGGCUCAAAGCUUCCAUCCGUCGUUCCGAGACGAUCUUUCGACCAUUCCAUCUGAGGAUGAGGAGCUUGCGGCUGCUGCCUCGGCGCCCAUGGAGAUUAUCACUCACGACGUCAACCGUCUUUUAGAGUAUCUGGACGGCGUGGAUAGGCAGCGCAUAGCGGAACACGACGAUGUCAAAGACCAACUUGACCGUGUUGAAGAUGAGCUGAAGAAGCUCGCAGACUUUGUCAAGCAAGAGGCGGAAAAGCCACCGCGCGUCAUCUUUGCACCAAAGAGUCCCGAGCCCGUGGAAUCAACGGAAGACGUGAUCGUUCACUCGGCACCGAAACCAGCAGUCGUCCUUCUCGAUUUGCCCGAGUCGCCGCUCCGUUUGAGCUCUGGUAGCGUGACAGAGUCGGUUGCAUGGCUCUCCAGUCCGUCAACCAUGUCCACGAUCCUUCCAGUGUCUUUCAAAGACUCGUCGCAUGCACCAUCUUUGAGACAAGCUGCGUCCUCUAUCGCUCCUUCGACAGUGACACGAUCCUCGUUGCACCCAGGUUCGCAUCUAGACGCAGCAUCGGGCCUUCACUCCCUCCCAGCCCCGUCUACUCCUGGUCAAGGAUCCGCUAUCGACCAUCUCUCAGCUAUACACUCUUUGCCAGCUCCUUCAACGCCAGGCAGAGCGUCUGUACUUGACAAUGUUUCUGCAGUGCACUCCCUCCCUGUCCCUUCCACUCCUGGUCGGGCGUCUGUACUCGACGAUGCAUCCGCAGUCCACUCUCUCCCUGUGCCUUCUACACCUGGUCAAGCGUCUGUACUCGACGAUGCAUCUGAAGUGCACUCUCUUCCCGCACCUUCCACCCCCGGUCGGGCAUCUGCACUUGACGAAGUAUCUGGCAUUCACUCUCUGCCGCCACCUUCUACUCCUGGGGUCAUCUCCCACCAGGAUAUAGAGUCGGAGGCCCACUCGCUUCCACCGCCGUCGUCUCCUGGGUCGUCGUCCUCUAAGAGCUCUGUCUCCGAAGCACCAUCUUCUCUUACCAAGACAGAAUCUCUUGCGCCAUCUGACUCGAUCUCGCAGCGCUCUCUGUCGAUUCGAGCGACCGAGUCUGAGCCGCUCUCUCCAGUUCCAUCAGAGGCGUCAACGAUCCGCGAUGUGAUGUCGGUUUCCCAGUCCGAUGCAGGCACGCCGAGAUCGAUGAGCCUUUUGAACGUUCCUCCUCCAUCAGAGGGCUCGAGUCCAAGUGUGGCAUCCGCAUCUUCCGCGCACACGCCGCUCACUACUCCUCCGAGGACUCGCGGCAAUACUCCAGACAUUGAUAUUGUGUCUGCUUCGGGACGAGGUUCACCUGCGCGUUCCGAUAUCACCCUUCGACAGGGUGUAUCAAAUGCCCAGCUCCGGGACAUGCUCAACGAUCUGCGUAGGCAGACCGAUAAGCUCAUGGAUCAGCAAAAUCGUGCAAAUGAGGCCAUCGAGGAGCUCCAAAACCGACCCAUCCAGCUUCCACCUCUUCCUCCCGUUCAACCUACUCCAAGGCGAUCUCCGUAUGCCGACUUGUUGUCACAGAUAGCGGAUACGUUGAAGAGCAUUGUUGAAGCUGGAACCCGCGAGGUGCCGCCAGAGAGCGAAGACGAAGUGUCUGUUUCCGGAACAGAAGACACUGGUGCGACGACAGACAUGGCGAACCUUCAGAACAGGCUACGAGACGUUCUUGGUAUGCCUCUGCCACCCCGCAAUGUUAUCCCUUCGUCUAUGGGUGCUCCCACUGCAACCCGAGCAGCACCAAUCGUCACUAUGCAUGAUGACGCCGCGUCGGAAGCAUCCACCGCGCCAUCUGCGACUCUGUUCGCACAGCACAUUGCCGACUUUCCUCGUAUUCGCCGUCCAGUUCCACGCCGCGGUCGGCUUGCACGCAGCCCGAGCCCAAGCAUCAGGCAUGUCGAUCGGCCUGGAACCGCCCCACCUCCUCCUCAACCCAUCUGGGGACGCCCACGUAGUAUGUACCGGACGCCUUCACCCCGCAGACAGCGGCCUAGGGAAGUUGAGGAGCCCAUGACGAUGCAGGAUGUGCGAGAAGAUGAAACACCAUCCCAACGACCUCUGUCGCUCGUAGUUCAGGAUGCAGGCCCAGAUCUUGACAUGCUCAAGCUUGUGCAAGAACGACGUCGUCAACGUAGAGGCGGAGACGGAAUAUUUGACCCUAUGGGUGAUCAAGUCGUUGAGCCCGUGUUGGAGAGUCCUCCACGCCCUGAUAGUGCUCCGAUCGACUUUAUUAUGCCAGAGGAGCCAAUCACACGCGCAUGGUACAACAAGCGACCAGGAAGAGAAGGCCAUGAAAUGACCAUGGCGGAUCCAAUGCGUGAAGCGUCCCCUGAACCCGAGCCAUCUCCACCUAGUACUCCAGUUGCAUCUCGUCAGCAAGCUCGACGCCCCUCCAUUCCUCUCGGCGAAUUGCCUUCCACAGCGUCCUAUGCGGAGAUGUUGGCCUUGCUCAGGCAAAAUGAAUUAAUGCAACGUCACCAAAACGAGCAACAAAACGAGCUUGUGCGCUAUCUUCACGACCUCAAUGGCUGGUUAGCACGCGACGUGAACAAUCGACAAUUGGAAUUACAAGGUGUGGAAGAUCGUAUUACUCAUCUCCAGAACGCACUUGGAGCGCGCCCAUACUACCAUCCAGGUCCUGAGCAGUUUGUUCCCCCGCAGGAACCUGUUGUGCCCAUGUAUCCACCGCGCAGCGCCGUUCCUCACAUGCCUGUUCAUGGAUUUGGGUCACCGACGCGAGAGAUGCUGCCACGCUUGGGAUAUAUUCCACCUCCUACCGCGUCUGCAUAUCCACAGUACAUGCCAGGACCUUAUCCUCGCCCAACGAGAAUCGGAUCCCCUGGCUCUCCCCCUCCUAUCAUCCCUACACGUCCGGUAUCACGGCCAAGGGGUCCCAUCAUCGAAGUUCGUGGUGCUCCUGCCUCGACUUAUCAAGCUCCGUCGCGACGACCCGGCACACGCAGUCCAAGCCCAGAGCAUACGAUGCAGCCUCCAGUCACUGUCGCUGUGGCAGACCCUGAAAAUGCGCCGCACCGCCCGCCAGGAGCACCCUCCCGCCGUAGCCACAGUCCCAGAGUCGUUGUGGCACCUUCUGCGCCAUCACGCCAUGAUUCACAACCGAUUAUCAUUGAGGGAGGAGGGUCCAGACAGGAGUCUCAACCUAUUAUCAUUCCAGAGCGUCCGGAGUCUACCCGUCCGAUCAUUGUUGGAGAACAUGGGAGCACACGUAGCCGUGGCUUCCUCGGUCGUCUAUUUGGUGGUGGCCGCCAAACCCCGCAGGUCAUUAUGACGGGCAGCAGACGAUCGAGAUCUCCAGAGCGCGUACUGGCAAAGGAUCCUCCCAUGUCGCAACCAAUCAUUGUGACGGAUACUGGACGCCGUUCUCGCUCCCGUUCACCGAGACGCCACUAUAACGUCGCUCUCGUUCUCGAUCUUACUCUCCUCGCAAGAGAUCCAGAUCACCGAUUAGGAUCGUCCAAGAUAGGUCGUCUCGCUCACCGAGACGCAGACUGGAGAGCCGUCGCCACUACUCCAGAUCUCCUCGUCGCUACUCCCGGUCACCAUCUCGACGUCACUAUCGAUCUCCGACCCGACGCCGCUCUCAAUCUCCGGGCGGACGCUAUUCCCGAUCACCACCUCGCCGUCACCGAGGCUCGUAUGGAGAUCGUGAAGAUCGUGACUAUGGACGACGGUCUCGCUCGCAUUCACCAAGACGAAUCAGCCGUUCACCUACCAGAAGGAGCAGGUCCCUUACGAGACGCAGCCUCUCUCCGAGUCGUGGCGGUAGAUCUCACUAUACGCGAUCAGAAGCACCUGUCAUGGACUUUGACCCCCAGCAUCGUGGAGGUCGCUCCCGCCGUGACUACAGCCCGACUCAAUACAACCCAGGAACGAGUCGAAGGGAGCAGCCCCGCUCAAGGAGAUCCCCUGAUCGUGAUAGCCGGUCACCGAGCUAUCGUCGUCGCGAGCAUGGUGGAAGAUCCCGCCCAGAGUAUGAAGACUAUGAUCCUCGGGACAGACCAGACUCACGUCGCCUCACUCGGCUGCCUUCUCCGAGCCAUACAAGGUUCACUCGUCUCUCAGGUGCUGGUUCCCGAAGUCGCUCGCCCUUAUCCCCUACAGCGUCGCAGUCCACCGGUCACCGUUUUUGUGCCAGGAGAUGAGGCUCAGACACCCAUAAUUCAAGUGCCGACGAGAAGAGGGGAGCCGCUAUCUACGAUUCAUGAAGGGAGCCAGAGGACUACGAGUCCCAGUGUCAUUCAAGUUCCUGCUUCCCGAGCCCAUACUCCAGCUCAUACGACUCUACGUGUCGCUUCGCCUGGCGCCCAAUCAGUUAGCCCGUCCAUCAUUCAGCUCCCAACCGGAGAAUAUGCCCGUCGUGCCACGCCACAAAUGUUGCGUGUUACUACACCACGAGCGGAGACUCCAGCAGCAGCGACCAUUAUACGUGUUCCCAGUGCAACGCCCUCUACUCGUCCUCAGCUUCUUCGUAUCGGAACGCCCAAGCCAGCAGAACCCGCGUUUGUGGCGGAACCCAGGCCACGCACGCCACCGCCACCGCCGGCUCAAACGACCUAUAUCCAACUCCCCGGUCAACCUCUUCCUCCUCAACGAACACAUACUGUUCGCGUCGGUGCCGCCACCCCAGUUUUGCAAUCGCCUCCUGCCCCACCAUCAGUAGAGCCCCAGUUACCAGCGCCUGCUAUUAUCCAAUUGCCGGGUCAAGUGCAAGAGCCACAGAGAUCGAGGACUAUUCGCGUUGGUACUCCUGCUAGAGCAGAAUUUGGGUAUCCAAUUCCAACCUCACCUGGAGCACCUUCAGUCAUCCAGGUCGCAGGAGCUCCUGGAUCACCUACACAUCGAACUGUUCGCGUUGCAUCUCCGUCAUCGCCGACAUUCCCCGAGCCAACGAUCAUAAGGCUUCCUGAUGGUCAGGAGCGUCCAUUGACACGAACACAAAUGCUGCGCGUCGGGUCGCCUUCAGCAGCACCACCAGUUUCCCCAUCCAUCAUACAGCUACCAGGAGGUGCUCACGAGCCUCGGCCACCAACACGAGGUCAGACUGUUCGAGUCGGCACACCAAUGGCGGCGCCGAUUAGUCCCACGGUCAUUCAGCUUCCGUCUGGUCAAGAGCCACCGCGUCCGCCAACAAGAGGUCAAACAGUGCGUGUAGGUGGUUCGACGCCGGCACCUGCUCCUGUAGGCCCUUCGAUCAUCACGCUUCCGUCUGGUCAAGAGCCACCACGUCCACCUACAAGAAGUCAAACUGUUCGCGUAGGUGCGGCGAUGCCUGCACCGGCACCGGCACCUGUAGGCCCCUCAAUCAUUAGGCUUCCAUCUGCUCAGGAUCAAGUUCGAUCGCCUACUCGUGCCCAGACGGUACGAGUUGCUCCUGGUGCUACUCCUGCUCCCAUUGCUGCUCCACCUCCCUCUGUGAUCAAGCUUCCUGGUGGUCAAGAGGAUGGGCUUCCAAGACCGCCAACAAGAUCACAAACAGUGCGUGUCGGUGCACCCAUCGUUCCUCCUGCGUCUCCUUCGAUCAUCCAGCUGCCCCCUGGCACUCAUGAUUUUGGAAUUCCACGUCCGCCAACAAGGUCUCAGACCGUUCGCGUCGCUUCACCUACGCCUGCGCCAAUUGCGCCAUCUGUCAUCCAAUUGGCAGGUGGUCGCGAUGUACCAGAGAGAGCUCCUACUUCGCAGCUCGUAAGAGUUGCCGGUGGUGUAGUCCCUCAACCUCCCGUUAUUCCUCUCAGUCCACCUCCACCAACAGAGCAGAUCAUUCGCAUUCCUGGAACUCCGUCGGUACCCCAGCCACCCGUCACGGUGAGAGUAGGCGGUCAACAGCUUCGCCGAACCCCCACACCUCCUCCACUCCCACCACCGACAAUGAUUCAACUGCCCGGCGACGCCACAAGAACAGUCAAGUCACCGAUGGUUCGUGUAGCUGCAUCAUCUGCACCAACUCCUGUUCCACAGCCGCCCUCCCACAUCAUUCAGCUUCCAAGCUCUCCAACUCCCGGUUCGACUGCUCCCGCUUUCGUCCGGGUACCCGAGGGUGUCAUGGGAGGGUUGACGGCAGUCCCCGGCGCUCCAGGAACGCCUGGUGUGGUUAGAGUAGAGCGCCGCGAAAGGACACCCACCGUCAUCCAAGUCGGAUCGCCAGGACCAGCGAGCAGACUCGUACGUGCCACUGCCUCUCCUACACCAGUGGUCCCCGGCUUUGUUCGACGUGGAGCUGCUGCCACCCCUGGUCUGCCACCAGUCCAUGAGGUUGUUCGGGUCGAGUCUUAUACUCCUGUUCCUGGUGCAUCGCGAACGUCUCUCGAUCGACCUCCAUCUGAAGGUGUCUACCCGGAUCGUCAUUCACUCUCGCUUGUCUCGGUUGGUCACCCAAGCAUUGUGUCACCCGUUCCGUCAAUGUCUCGUCUCCAGAGAGGGCUUUCCAUCGCCGACACUCUUGAUAACAUGGUCCGCGAGGAAGAUGAGGAAGCACAACGUCGUCAGCGUCGUCGAGGUGCAGGCGGCAUUCCCGUAGAGACAUUCGACAUGUUCGAGGAUCGUGAACAGCAGCGUCAACGCCAGUUUGAACAGUUCAUCGAGGAGCAGCGGGCUGAAAAUGCUCGCCUUCGUGAAACGCUGGCAGAGAUGAUUCCCAAGAGUGCUACUCGUGAAGGCGGGUUCAUUAUUGAGGACGCUGCUGCUGCUGGACUCGAGAAGGGCUCCCGCGGAAGCGUGUCAGAUAUCAGCCUUCGCGAUAGCGAGCUCCGUCGUGAUUUGGACAAUGAGCGGGCGCGUGUGCGUGAACUCGAGGCUGAGUUGGCCAAGAUGCGGGAGCAAUUGGAGGAAGAGCGGGCUCGCAAAGAAAGCAACGUUCAAGACAAGUGCGCCGAAAUGCACGACGCCGUCAAUGCUCAUCAUGACGAGAUUCGUGUUCACCUUGGCGAGCUUACCAACCGCAUGGCUGAGUGCAAGGAGGACAAUGCGCGCAGGGAUGCAGCCGACGAGGAGCGCCGCCGCGAGAAGGAGCAACGCCGUGCCGAUAAGGAAGCCCAGCAGAUGCAACUACAAGACAUGCUCGCAAAAAUGAUGGCAGACCAGGCCGAGGAUCGUCGAAUCGCUGAGGAGGAGCGACGUCGUGCAGCCGAACGCCCAGGACUUGAAGAGGUUAUUGCUCAACUGCGCCAACAAAACGAAGAGCAGCAACGUCUGUUGGUCACCCUCAUGGAUGAGUACCGCAAUACCGCUACUCAGCAAAACGCCGACACGAUUGAAGCUGUCCGCGCCGCUGUAGCUACCCAUGUUCCGAUGGAUAUCCAGGGUCACUUGAACGACUUCAGCAAAUCCCUUGCUGAAGAAGUCCGCCUCUUGCUUCGUGAGGUUGGCAAGUUGCGCGAGGAGAAGCGCAACAUACAGUAUGAGAUUGGUUGUAUGCUUUGCUUGAAGAGCAAGUAUGGACCAGGUGGCGAAUUUGAUCCCGAAUGGCGUCCUUCGACUGGCCCUUAUGCGAACGGACCUCCUAUGCCUGACGCGCCUGCUGGUGAACCGGCUGCUCCUCCAGAACCUGAUCGACCUACGACAGCACCUCCUGCCUGGCGAACAAUCCAGCAAAAGCGAAAGCCCGGUCGAAAGCGUGAACAAGCCGCUGCACCACCCCCGCCCGCACCGAUGCCCGUCCCAACUGUCCCGUCUGUUCCUGCCCCGCCCCCAAUGACCGUUCCGAUUUCUCACAUCCCCCCGUCUGCUAUGGCACCACCUUCAGCGAUGCCUCCGCCGUCGGCGAUGCCGGCUCCGUCUAUGAUGGACCACGCAUCCCGUCAGCAGUCGUGGUACGCUUGGCAACCCGAUCCUCGUUAUGUUCCUUCGUCUCCUUCAAGUGCACCAAUGUAUGAAGUUCCAGACUCUCGACCGCUCGGCUUCUUUGGCCCACGGUCCCCGCGUGAUUCUGCGAUAUGA